CGCGGAAGCGGCGCUGAGACGCGCGGGUUCACAGUGGCGGGAGAGGAGGAGGAGAGGGUGGAGGGAGACCGGUCACAGAGCACAGGGAGACAGCAUGGCCGACCUCCGUCUGGCCGGGAUGGAGGCGGCGGCCGUGUCGGUGCUGAGUCGCGCCGUGGACCUGGACCGCGAGUCCCGCCUGCCCGAGGCGCUCGUGUGCUACCAGGAGGGCAUCCAGCUUCUCAUCGACAUCCUCAAGGCCAUAAAGGAAGAUGCAAAGAAGAGCCACUAUCGCCAGAAGAUUGAAGUCUACAUGGAGAGGGCUGAGAAAAUCAAGCAGCAAGUGAACGUCCAGAAAGAAAGUGGCAAGUAUCACGAGCAGUUGCGAAUCGCUGAUAAUGCUAUCGGAUUCAGCUACGUGAAGCUGUUUGGACCGUACCUGGACGAGACUGUGAGCGAGGUGUGGGUGGAGGAUCCUUACAUCCGUCACAUCCAUCAGCUUUACAACCUCCUCCGGUUUUGCGAGAUGCUGAUCCAAGGACCGUGUAAAGUGAAAAAGGUCAACCUCCUUACUUCACAAGACGAGACCAGGAGCAAUGAACUCCAGGAGGGUGCACUCGUGGAACUGAGGCAAAGUCUUCAAGGCCACGACAUCGCACUCAACAUCUCCUACUCAGACACGCUGCACGACCGGGAAAUCAGGUUUAAUAAUGGAUGGAUAAUAAAGAUUGGACGAGGUCUGGAUUAUUUUAAGAAGCCCGCGGGCCGUUUCAGCAUCGGCUACGGAGACUACGACUUGCGGCCUUGCCACGAGACCACGGUGGACAUUUUUCACAGGAAGCACACCAAGGAGGGCUGAGACCACGCAUCCAAGUUCUCACAAAGACAAUGUCUUAAUGAAAACAAAUACGGUGUACAGAAGCAUUCAAAACUGUUCAAAAAGGCGGAACAUACGCCGAGAUUGCACAAAAGACCGGAGUCUGACAAGGAGACACGCUUGAGUGUGACGAGGAUUUACAGUGGCUGAUGACAUUGUGCAACAUGUUUUGUUAAAUACACCUGCUAUGUGUAUACCAUGUACAGUAAUAUUUUAUAAACUUGGUAUUUUUCUAAUAUGGCAAUAGAAAGUUUUAAUUUAUAUUUUCCAGUUUCUUUUCUGGGUUUCAUGGGAGAUUUUAAGGCGCAUUACAAAUGUUAAUAUUAAAAUAAAAAUUAUAACACUG